GCGGAGGAGGAGGUUGCGUGAUCUGCAGGAGGAGGUGCAGCACGCAGCGCCAGGGCUAUGGGGCUGGGAAUUGCUGUUGGCUGGAUGGGAGUGACUGAGGCAGGCCCACAACUUCACAAUUUCAACUUCGUUCACUUCCUUCAUUCUUUCCUGCUUUCUCUCCUCCUCCUCCCCCUCCUCAUCUUCUUUCUCUCAUCCCCAUCUAUCUCAUCUUCCCACUCUUGCGUACUCUGGUGCUAAAUUGGUCCCCUUUUCUUUCAGUUCUCUCGGUGACUCCUUCCGUGUCGCUCCCGCAUUUUGGAGCCAAAUUUGGGAUCCGUGUGAGAAGAUUGGGCGUGUUUUUGUUUUCGUAGGGGUUGUGUGUUCCUGUACUUUGGAGGCGUUCGUGAAGAAUUAUGUGACAGGAGUGUGGUUUUUCUAGUCGUGGGUGUGGGUGUGGGUGUGGGUUUGGUGCGUGCGGUGAUGUGCCCUUGCGGCCAUGGUGUGACUGCCAUGGCUUCAGCUUCUGCUGCGCCUGCACUGCAGUUGCAUUCGCGUCUGUGCGCUUUGCCGUCCACCAUCCCGCCCUCGUUACUGUGCUCAAGGAUUUUGCAUCCGCCCAAUUCGGCCUCCGCGAGGUGCUCGUGGUCGCGUAUCAGUUCCCCGCUGCUUGCGACUCCCCGGGAAGAUGUCCGGAGUCUGGACCUGCAGGAAUCGUCGUCGGAGCACCACCACCUCGCGUCGGAGAGCUCCACGAAUGGCUCAGCGAACGGAGUAGUGAAUGGAGCAGCAGCUCCGAGGAUUGGCAGAGUGCCGCAAGGGGGUGCAAACAAUCUGGGCAUCUCUCAUAAUUUUCCUUCUAAUGGAGCAGUGAAUGGAAACGUCAAAUUCCAGGACAAGCAGGAGCUGGAAUCGGGCAGGCAUUUGGUGGAAGAAAUUUUGUUCACACAGGAAUUUUUAGAUACGUUAGAUUAUGACUCAUACAGCACUGCUCGUGUACUCCAAGAGACUGCCACUCAUGGUGGAAAACCCACAACCUCGCCCAAGGUUGUGGCUAAAUUAGAUUCAGUUGCUUCAGAGAAGCUCUUAAGACCGAAAUUGUUGAGCACCGAUGUGGUUAAAAGUGUGCGUAAAAAGGGUAGAGUCUUGCCCGCCUCGAUUGCUGAAGUCCUUCCUUUAAAGCCUGGGACAAGCAUCAAAUUCUACAUCGACUUGUACGCUUCAUUGUUGAAGGCUGGCAGGAUCAAAGACUGCCUUGUUCUCUUAGGAGAGAUUAACAAGUUGGAUAAACUCAGCCUGAUGAAGGUGAACCACUCAAAAUUUUACGAAGUGUGUAAAACUAAGGGAACAGUGGAGGAUGCUUUCACUUUUGCGAAGAUUAUGCGGGUCUAUUCAACACUGCAGCAUUACACGAUGCUCCUUUCUGUCUGUUGUCAUGCUAAAGAUAUUGAUGGAGCAUUGCGAGUGCUUGCUCUGGUAGAGAGCAGGGGUUUUAAAGCAGACUGCGUUUUCUACACGACACUCAUCUCUGCCUGCUCCAAAGCUGGAAAAGUGGACCUUCUCUUUCAGAUUUUGCACGAGAUGGAUGUAGCAGGAGUUGAAGCUAACGUUCAUACAUUUGGAGCUAUGAUUGAUGGGUGUGCUCGCGCCGGCCAACUUCCCAAAGCUUUUGGGGCGUAUGGUAUAAUGAUCUCGAAGGAUGUGAAGCCCGACCGUGUUAUAUUCAACACGCUUAUAAAUGCCUGCAGUCGGGUUGGAGCUGUCCAGAGAGCGUUUGAUGUUUUGGCGGACAUGAAAUCAGAAGCAACGCCAGUGAAGCCAGAUCACGUCACAUAUGGUGCCCUCAUUUCGGCUUGUGCUAAAGGGGGAGAGGUGGGCAGAGCUCUCGAAGUCUAUCAGAGCAUGCGGGAGAACGAUGUUAAGGGAUUUCUUGCAUGCUACACUGCUGCUGUGCACGCAUGCAGCCAGAAAGGCGACUUGGAUUACGCUCUUGCUAUCUACGAUGAUCUUUUGAAGGACGGAGUGAAACCAGAUGAGGUAUUCUUCAGCGCGUUGGUAGAUGCUGCUGGUCAUUCCGGCGAUGUUGACAAGGCAUUCAGCAUACUCGACAUCAUGAGGAAAUCGGGCAUGAAGCCUGGAGCGGUUGUCUAUAGUUCUCUCAUGGGGGUUUGCAGCAACCUAGGAGAAUGGGAAAAAGGAUUAGAAGUUUAUGAAGGCAUUCGUUCCUCCAAAUUGCGGCCCACUGUGUCAACUUAUAACGCUCUUAUGACUGCUCUUUGUGAAGCAAAACAAUUCGACCGAGCACUUUCUGUUCUGAACGAUUUAAAAGAUGCAGGAAGAACGCCUAACCAAGUUUCUUACAGCAUCUUAUUGAAGGCUUGUGAAAGGGAGGGCAAAGCAGACAUGGCUCUUGAUCUAUACACAACCGCAAGGGCAGAGGGUAUUAAGCCAAAUCUAGUCAUCUGUGACAGCAUCAUAGGCCUGUGCUUACAACAGAUUCAAACCUCUGUGGCGGCACCUCUAGUUUCAUGGUCUAUCCUUCCUCCUGCAGAUAACAGCAACAUCUCCUCACAACAGCAAUGGGUGACAUGGGCUCUCACUAUUUACCGUCAAACCAUAGAGGCGGGUGUCUUGCCGACAGUCGAGAUCUUAUCGCAGUUGCUAGGCUGCCUGCGCAAGCCGGAAGCAUCAACGACCCCGGUGAGUAUCUUUGACGACAAGGCUGCUGCAUUUCUUGGGCAAUCUCAACCAGCAACCUCAACAUCUUUCGACGGAUUUGGCAUCUACGAUCCUCGUGCUCUUGCUCUCUUUGAGGAGGCGGCAGCGCUUAAAAUUGCGCCGAUGUUUUCUUACAAUACGCUUCAGCCAAUUGUCAUCAAUGCAGAGGCCAUGCCGGUAUUUGCAGCUGAGGUCUGCUUGCUCACCGUGCUCAAGAGCCUCAAACAUCGACACGCUGCAGGUGCACGUGUACCAUCGGUAAAGAUCAAACUUCAUGUAGAAAAGAAAGAGUCUUACAGGCCAAAAGGAGGCUUAAUUUCCAUAAACAUCGCUGACAGGACUGGCCAAGCAGUAGCCGCACUGUUGAGGAGACUACGGCUGAAAGCUCAGGGCAGUGCAAGCUCAGGGGAGCUACGUCUCACGAUGGUCGAGAUCCAGAAGUGGUUGAAUCCAAAACCAAGCACAACGCCAGCUUUGAAGACUCCGUUCAGCCGUCUCGACAAAAGUAGCUCCCCCUAUUCUUUGCUGGCGAAGACAAUAGCUGACCAGCAGCGGGCCAUUCGACUGGGCACGGCGGCUCCACACCACCGAGUCUUGGACGUGUUGACGGACAUGGAUCUGAGGCAGGGAGGAUUUCACCAGGAGGAUUUCUGUUUGGGUCCCGACGUGGGUCCUCGCGGCCGAGGCUCGCUGAAACGAUCCAGCAGGUUCUGAACAUGUGGGACCCCUCCACUAAUUCGUCGAAGCUUUUUCUAGGUAGAAAGUAGAGGUCGGCACAGCGUCUGGAUGUCUGAAAUGGUUUUCCAACCACAAAUCAUCUUGACAUCGACGAUGAUGUUUCUUUGCAAAAGUAUCGACGCAUCACAAACGAAAAUAUGAGACCCUGCUUCUGUCCACUUCACAAGGCCUGAAUUGGGCGGUUGCUGCGGUCUCAAAAUCUUGACAGCUUCAGUGUCUUGUGGGUUGUCACUUGCAAAGACCGAUUGUUAGGUACCUGUAGAACCCAUUCACACGGUGAGUUCUGCAGCCAAGUAUUUGAUUUUGACUUUCCUACUGCUUCUAAUGGUUUUCAUGUCCUGGA